UGAUGAAGGGAUGAUGAUUUCGAUCGCGCGGCUCCUCCGCCGCGGCAAUGCGGUCUCUUCCGGGCUGCGCAGCGCCGCCAGAUUCUACUCCCUAGAAUCCCCGCGCGGCCGCUUGGAUCCCUUGCACUUGCCGGACAGCUUCUUGGGGCUGGAGGAGCGGCCAGUGGAGAUCGACAAGGAGGUAUUCCAGCAGUACAAGUGCUAUCCAUCGAUCGCAGAUGUGGGAUUCAUCAAGCACAUGACGCUGGUGCUCCGCGGCGGCGCGAUCACCUGGUGGGAGGCGGCGGGGAUUCUCAAGAAAUUCGAGGUAAAGCUUCAGGCCUUCCACAUUUGCGAGAUUUUGCGCAAGAACAUCGAUGCCGACGCUGCCAUGGGGCUGUUUCGCUGGGCGCAAGCACAGCCAGGCUUCCAGCACGACACCAAUUCCUACAAUCUCAUGCUCAAGACGCUUGGCCUCAACCAGCGAUUCCGGCAGCUCAAUCUCCUUCUCAAGGAGAUGAUGGCCAGUAACAUCCAGAGAACUUACGUGACAUUCAUGGCGGUGGUCCAGAGCUACUUCGAUGCCUUCAUGGUGGACAAGGCCGUCCAGAGCUUCCUCGAGUUUGAGAGCUACGUGAAGCGCAAGCCCAAGAAGAAGUACUACCUCUACGUGCUCAAGAAGCUCAUCGAGAGCCAGAGAAGUGAUGUUCUGCCAGUGAUCGUGCGGGGUAUGCUCCAAGUUGGUCACGUAGCCGACACCGAGACUGUCAAUGCCGUGAUCCAUGCGCUGAGUUCUACCGGCAGAGUUGGAGAAGCAGUGGAUCUUUCGAGGCAUAUGGUGGAGAAAGGCUGUGCUCCCGACGUCCACAGUUACAUCUAUCUCAUCAGCGGGCUUGUGAGAUCCGAGAACAUGGAUCGAGCUCCUGAUAUCAUCGCGGACAUGGCAGCGAGAGGCUGCAAGCCAAACGUCCACAACUUUAAUCUCCUGCUGGAGUUCCUGCUCAGCUCCGACAAGGCGUGCGAGGCUCUCGGGGUUGUGAAGACGAUGGUGGUCGCGGGGUGCUGCGAGCUCCAGGAGGCUUCGAACAAGAUCAUCAUGAAGUUUCUCGAGGAGAAAGGUGACGCAAAUUUGGCGUCCGACUUCUACGGGGAUUUGGCUGUUUCGGAUCGUAUGGUCUACAAUGGGCUUUUGAGACUUCUCAAUGGUGCUGGACAGUACGAGAAGGCACUCAGGCUCUACGAGGACAUGAGAAAGGACGCCGGCUGCGCUUCAGACAUUGAGACAAAGAACAUAGUCAUCCAAAUGCUUUGCAAGGAGGGGAAGACCGACGAGGCUCUCGAGCUGUUCCAAGGGCUGAAAAGCUCGAGGAUCAAGCCAAACAAGGCUACGUUUGACGUGCUCUUGGUGGGACUGGCCGUGAACGACAAACUUCUCGAUUGCCUUCAAGUGAUCAAGAAGAUGGACAAGAAAGGCUUCGCUCCGGAAGAGGCCACUUACGCCUGCGUGAUCGAGGCCUUCACCGUCGGUGGUUUGUACGACCAGGCUUUCAGGCUCUACGGCAGGAUGAAACUCGAAGGGAUGGAUCUAAGCCUGGAGCUCCAGAAUCAAAUGCUCAUGAGACGCCGGAGAAGCUUGGAAGCGAAGAGAAGUGGAUGAGUCGAGGUCAUCGUACAUUCGUACUAUGUGAGACAGGAGGCUGGUGUUUUCGAGACUCGGCACAUCUGAAGAAUUCCGUUGAGGCUUCAGAGGCCAGAGCUCGGCAUAACCGGAAAGCAUUGCGACAACUUCGGCCAUCGUCGGACGGCAGCUCUCGUUACUAUCGGUGCACAAGAGAGCUAUGUGGAUAACUUGGAGAACUUGUUUAUCGUCGUACCGCUCCAGUCGUGUAUCAGCGAGGCUGAGCAGGCUUCUGGCUUGAUGAAGGUCCCAAGCCUGCGUGGCACGAGAGAUAUAGUCGAAGAAGAAGAAUCCGAUGCUUACCCGGUCGAGAAGGAACUGCUCAUCUGGUGCUACACACCUCCUCCCAGCAACAAUCUCCAGAGUCAGGAUUCCAAAGCUGUAAACGUCGGCUCUCACUGUCAGUCGUCCACGGAACGCGUACUCGGGAGCAAUGUAGCCACUGGAGGAAAGAGCGGUCAGAGAAUUUCGAAGCUCAAGGAACUUACUAAGUGCCAGCGAUUCUAGUGCCACUGAUGAAGCUUCGGUCGUCUUCAAACAGCUUGGAGAUCCCAAAGUCGGAGAUCUUUGCGUUGAGGUUCCCGUCCAGGAGGAUGUUGCUAGCUUUGAUGUCACGGUGGACGAUCGUGACAUUGGCAUCAUGGUGGAGGUAAGCCAGGCCUCGGCUCACUCCCACGACGACGUUAUAUCGACUCGACCAGUCCAGGAAGACACCACCUUCUGCAACAGCAGGUUAAGUGCGAUAUCCAAGCUUCGAUGAUGCAGGAACUCGUAGACCAGCAGCUUGUGCUGAACGUCAGCACAGUAUCCUAUGAUCUCCACCAGUGACAACCUCUUCACAGCAACAACUUUUCCAUCUUUCAGAACGCCCUGUGGCAAGGCAAAAGAACUCUCGAAUCUUAGAGCUCAAAGUACACACGCGAGUACCUUAUAUACUACUCCAAAUCCUCCCUCUCCGAGCUUGUUCUCCGCGGAGAAUCCCUUCGUUGCGAGCUUCAGUUCCUUGUACUCGAUGCAUCGGGCACGCUCUAUGACGAUACAAGAAUGGAUUUUCCAUCUGGCUUCGAAAGAAAAGGUACCUUUGACUCUCACUGAUCCCAAGUUUUUCCGUUUUACCAUAUCGAUGAUGCGUGUUGUAAGGACGAAACCAACGCAGAUAAGCGUGACUGGAACUCCCACAUCGAAAACAAUCUUGCUCACUGGAAAAACUUACACUUCAUUAGAAAAGAAAAAAUUCCAAGUAAGAUCACCUCUUGAGCUACUGCUAGCAGGCACUGGAACGUAAAUCACAUUUCCUGGAGGUGGCGAUGGCAAAGGUGGCGGUGGCGGAGUUACCGUCAUUGUGAUCACAACACCUGUGAUGAUCAUGGUUCGAUCAAAGAACUGUAGCGAAGAAUGCAAACACCAAAAAGCUUACUUGGAUCUGAUAUAUGGAUUGGAUCCUUGUUAUAGAGCAAGAAGCAAUCGUAAUUUGUUCCGGUA